AUGAACACUGCCGUGGCAGUGCCGGGGUUCGCGGACUCCUUCUGGACUCCCGAUUAUGCUACUGGGAUUCAUACCCUGUUCACAAAACUCCACCAGGGCAUCGUGGAGAACCAACAGAUUCUCACGAUGGCCCAGAUGCGUGCUGAAGCAGAGCGUGUAUACGCCGCACAACUUGGUGCGAUUGCUCCAGCUAUUGCUCGGAAGACCGGUGGCUUCGAUCGUGACGAUGGUGCCAGUGUUCGCAAGCAGGCUUUUGAUUGUAUGCAGAAGCAGAUGGUCGAGGAGCAAGCCAUCCACCAGAAAAUAUCGAGUAGCAUUCAACAACUCGUCAUCCAAGAGUUUAGUCGAUGGGCAAGCGAGCAUGAAGCCCGAGUCGUCACCUGCGAAAAGGCCCUCAAUUUGCGACUGAAAGAAUAUGCCAAACAAUGUGAUGAGGUGAGCAGUCUUAAUGAGAAGUAUCUUAGCAAGUGCCGGCAGAUCCACGACCGGGAACAGCAGGAGCUGUUCGCCUUCCAGGAACCCGAGAGUGCCACAGCCAGCCCGAAGCAUAAACAACUAAAGGCCCCCACCAUCGUGCUGCCCGAUCCACUAGAUGAAGACCCGGAGCCAGUGGAGUUGGGCGACAUUGUCUACUCACCAGAGCAAUUGAAGCAGUUACUGAAGAACAUGCUGGAAACCAUUCCAAUGGGAGAGGUGAAAGUUCGCUUACUUGGGACGUAUCUCAACACAUCACUUGGAUCGGACAUCGUUGAAUAUCUCCAGAAACACUUGGGUGCCUCAUCCCUCAGCUAUGCGGAACGAAUUGGCCAGGAUAUGGCCGAUAAUGGUUUUAUUACUUCGAUCGGCGCCAUGGGCCCGAACCCACUCGUCAAUACUACAUUUACCGGUAGCUCUAGGUCUACAUACCAGUGGGACAAGCGUGUUUUCCAGAUGACCGGAGUACCGGAGAAGAAAAAACCGCUUACUCGCUCUGGGACUACAUUGAGCCGCACCAGCACUGGAACAGGAAGCGAUGACAGUCCAGUCGACUCGCCUACCUUGACGGAACGUUUUGCUGCAUGGAACCCCCUUAGAAAUCAGCUUACUGAUGAAACGCCUAUGGAAAUACUCAAGCGCCAGGCAGAUGAGGCUAAUGAACGCUACAAACAUGCCGUCAAACACCUGGAUGCUAUCCGCUGCAAGCUCGAAGAGGAAAUGUUCCACACUAUGAAAUUUAUGCAGCAGUGUGAGCUACACCGUCUGGAGGGUAUCAAAACAGUUGUGAUCGAUUUUUCGAGCACGAUCAGCAAUGUCAUUCCAUCUCUACAGAGCACCAUGGAUAGAAUUGUCCUUCACCAUGAGGCAAUGCAGCCACAGGGUGACCUGCGUUAUAUGCUGGAGAAUUACCGCACUGGCUCGUUUUGUCCCAAAGUGGCCGUCUACGAAAGCGGUUCAAAAUCCACAGAAGAACAAACCUUUGGUGUUGAUUUAGAAACAUUAACAGCGGCAGAGGGCAAAAAGCGGGUUCCGGUCCUUGUUACUGGUAUUUUGACAUACCUUGAUAGGCAUUAUCUUGACCUGGAAGGAGAUGAUGCCCGGCGAGCAAUUUGGCUUCGAGAUGUUCCUUUAACGGAAACUCAUAAGCUCCGUGCCAAACUCAACGGGGGCCGUUCGGGGCCAAUUGUAAAGGUCGAUGACGAGGUGGAAGCUAUUGGCGAAAAGUUACAAGAAUUCGAAAUGCCUGUCGUUGCGAGUGUUUUGAGACUCUACCUCUUGGAACUCCCAGAUUCAAUCGUCUCAUCUAAGCUGUACGAAAUUUUCCGCACAAUUUACACAACAACACGCGAUACCUCCGAUGAAAAUCGUAUCAGAGUACUUCAGAGCACUCUGGGCCAGCUUCCUCUCCCCUACAUUGCUACCCUAGAUGCCAUCACCACUCAUUUUUGGCGACUCGUCGAUCUUACCAUUCCUGAGAACGAUCAAUUUUCUACCCGUGAGGAGAUCUACAUAUCUGCCCUUGCAUCGACACUGGCUCCAUGCAUCCUCCGUCCGCGCGUGCAGAAUCAUCUGUCUAUGGACGAAAAGCAUAGCCAUCGUCUUGUUCGUGACCUUAUUGUGAACCAGAAACAAAUAUUCGGGGAACUUAGACGGCUAUCAAGCAAGUCAAGCAGCACCGCGUCUCGGCCUCGUGCUAUCAGUACCGACGAAAGCAAUCGACGAGCAAACAUGGAAGAAAGGAACCGUGCAAUUGCUAGCAGGGCUAGAGCCACGAGUCCUGCUCCGUCCCCUCGUCAUCGCCGGGACCGAUCUGUUGGAAGCUCUGGAAGCACCAGAUUCCCGGUUAGCGUUUCCGGAGCUACUACUUCUGAACGCAAGCCGGUCCGUCAAUCCCUAGAAGUACCGGAUUCGUCACCAGCUCCGGUAGAUACUGCACAUAGUACCACCAAUGGCUCAAGCGAGGGCACGCCAGCGACGGCUGAAGACACAAACACUUCUGUCGAUGCUCCAACUGCUGAUCGGGCGUCAACACCACCCGCUUCUGCAGUUCCAUCAUCUGUCACUAAUGAAGUUAAGAAAACAGGCUCACUCUCUCGCUCUUCCCGAUACAGUCAUAUUACCGGCAUAAAGCGAGAUGAAGGUGAUAAUUCAGGAUCGGAUGUUCCUCCAAAGCCUGUGGGUGUAACACUAGAGGACAAACCGAUUGAUGACUAG